AUGGCUACCAACACAGCAGCUUGGCUUGACGCCGCGAAGGCUUAUCCUUUCAAUGUCAAGGAAUCGACGUUGGGUGCCCCAGGGGAGAACCAAGUCCUCAUCAAGAACCGCGCCCUGGCAAUGAACCCAAUCGACGCCAAGCUCCAAAAACUAGCAGUCUAUCCUCUUCGCUACCCAACCAUCCUCGGAGAAGACAUCGCAGGCGAGGUGGUUGAGGUCGGGCCCAAUGUGACUCGUUUCAAGAAGGGUGAUCGGGUUCUCGCCACGGCAUCGGCCUUCUCUACUGGAAAGGCAGAGGAGGCUGGCUUCCAGGCUUACACCGUCGUGAGUGUAGACACCACCACCGAGAUCCCGGAUGACAUGUCCUUCGAAACCGCUGUUGUUCUGCCUCUCUGCAUUUCCACCGCCGCCUCGGCCCUCUUCCUUCCUGAGUGGCUAGGUGUUCAACUGCCCAAGCUUCCAGCACAAGAUUCUACCGGCAAAGUUGUUUUGGUCUGGGGAGGCGCCAGCAGCGUCGGGUGCAAUGCGAUCCAGCUUUUGCGCCAUGCUGGCUACGAGACUAUUGCCACUGCAUCUCCGGGCAACUUUGAUCUUGUGAAAAAGCUUGGAGCAGCCCAUGUUUUUGACUACAAGAGUCCCACAGUUAUCGCAGACGUUCUUGGUGCCGUCGCAGGUCGGGAAGUCGCCGGUGUGCUUGAUGCCGUAGGAAGGGAUGCCUACCAGCACUGCUUUGAGCUCGCAGAUAAGUCACAGGGUGCGAAGAGAGUUGCGACUGUGUUCCCAGGUGAACUCAAUCCACCCGAGGGCGUGUAUGCCAAGAAGAUCUAUGCCCCUGCUCUGAACAGCACGCCCAGCGCCAAGGCAGUUUUUGAAGAGUUCCUGCCGCAGGCACUCAAGAGCGGCGCCUAUGUUCCCGCUCCAACGCCGUUUGUUUUUGGCAAGGGUCUCGAGAGUAUUCAAGGGGCUAUCGACCAUCUCUUCAAGGGCGUUUCUGCGCAGAAGGUUGUGGUUAGCCUUUGA